AUGACCGUGACUAUCCAAAGACCCUCCUCCUCGGAACCUCUAUACCCAGACUACCUGCCUUUCUACGACCCACUUGAGAAAGUCGAGGAUAUUGGCAAAUUUGUCCACCAUGACCCGGGCCACAGAGCAGACCCUGAAAUGCCGAACCUGCUCAAAAACGCCACUGUCAUGGAGCUUUCCCCAGCUAUUGGCACAGAGAUUAGAGAAACACAGCUUUCGCAGCUGACUUCAGCCGGGCUGGACGAGCUGGCACUGCUUGCUGCGCAGCGGGGAGUCGUGGUCUUCAGAGACCAGGACUUUGCAGACAUCGGGUUUGACAGACAGCUCGAUAUUGCCCGUCAUUUUGGACCUUUGCAUAUCCACGGCUGGGCUCCUCAUCCGGCAAAUGGCUCGCCGGAGUUCAUGAUAAUCUAUGAUGAUAAGGAUGAUCUGCGUGUGAGACGGUCCUGGAAAGGGCGCAGUCCGAUCCAGUUUCACUCUGACCAGUCAGCAGAGCCCCAGACACCAGGCACUACUAUCCUGUGCAUGCUGGAAUGUCCUCCAACAGCAGGUGGAGACACUAUCUUUUCCAGUAGUUAUGGAGCUUACGAGCGUCUCUCUCCAAAGUUUAGAAAGAGACUGGAAGGUCUGCGUGCUGUCCAUUGCAAUGUCGGAGUGGCUAAUGCAGAGAUUACCAACAACGGGACGUCCGCAAUCCAAAGACGCAACAUCUGCCGGACAGAACACCCUGUUGUGGUGGUCCAUCCCGUGACUAAAAGAAAAGCUCUCUAUGUCACUCCCGUCUACACGGAAAGCAUUGUGGGAAUGCAGAAAGAGGAGAGUGAUGCUCUGCUCAACUUUUUGUUUAACCACAUCAUCCGCGGGCAGGACUUUGCGUGCCGUGUGAGAUACGAUAAGGGUACAGUGGUGGUCUGGGACCAAAGAAUCACCUGCCAUUCCCAAACCCUGGACUAUCCCGUGGACCAGUACCGUCGGCACGGAUUCCGGCUGACGCCGCUGGCCAAUCGCCCAAUACCUGCAAAGGAGGAUUCGGACGACGAGCGGCUCGAUGAGUAUCUGUAUACCUAA